AUGGCCAAGAUAAGCUAUGAUAUCGACCAAUUAUUGCGCCUACGCAAUUCCACUAUAUUCAGAUCUCGCAAUUUGAGGAGCCUCUGGGGAGAUUAUUGCCCGGAACUGGAAUAUAGAACACCGUUUGGGCGCCAAAUCUACCAUAACCAAACUACAAAUAGAAAACAGAGCCAAUUACCAAAGAGACAACCAGAGAAGAACUUUCCGACGAACGACCUCAAUGUAGUACCACUUGUCGCGGCCAAUUGCGCCGUAUACCCGCAACCAAUCUUAGUAUUGCCAGUUUUAGCACUAGAUUGGCUUCCUCGUGGCUCCAAAUUAAUUCCUCUUGAGCCUACUAUUCUUGUUCCAAACGGAUUUGAACAUCUGAGAAGCGGCAGAAGCCACAGGGUAUUACAACCAACUCCGCCGGCAAAUUUUGAUAAUACUAGGUCCACUCCAAGUCACAUUUCUAACUCCCCUAGCCACUACAGAAGGGUCUCCCUAGCCAACGAAUUGAACAAGGAAAAUCUCCCACUAAUCACAAACACAAAUCGAUUUGUCUACAACCCUACAAAACCCAACAAGAACAAUCCUUAUUCUGCUACAGGGUUCUAUCCCGAAGGUAGUGCUCAAAAUUCGAAACCUACACCAACUGGCUUUACCAACGAAUGUGACGAACAAAGUCUGUCCACACAGGAAUCAUCCUGUGAAGUGCAGAUCGAACUACCAGUCCAGUGA